AUGGGGCAGUAGUGACUGACCUUGCCUGGCUUGCUUCUCCGUACACGCUCUCACAGGGGACGCGUUCGCACCAAGACCGUCAAGCGAGCCUCGCGAGUCGUCAUCGAGAAGUACUACCCUCGAUUGACCCUUGACUUGUGAGUCCUCCUCUACUCUGGGGCCGUAGUCAGCUAUCGAACCCUGUCCUAAAAUUCCUCUCCCUCUACAGCCACACCAACAAGAAGAUCUGCGACGAGGUCGCCAUCAUCCCCUCCAAGCGAUUGAGGAACAAGAUCGCCGGCUUCACGACCCACCUGAUGAAGCGCAUCCAACGUGGUCCGGUCCGAGGCAUCUCGUUCAAGUUGCAAGAGGAGGAACGAGAGCGCAAGGACAACUACGUCCCCGAGGUCUCGGCUUUGGACAACCAAGGUGCCGCGAUCGACGUCGACCCGGACACCAAGGACCUGUUGGCUUCGCUCGGCUUCGACUCGAUCCCCGUCAACGUUGUCGCUCCCUCUUCCGCGUUCGAAGGUCGCCCUCAACGUCGUCACGUCGUCGGCGCCGGUCGACCGCGUCGUGAUGAGGCUUAA